GCAUCUUGUCGCCUGAGUAUUACUGACCCGUAGACACUACUGGAGCUGGGGAUAAAGAGUAAUAACAACCACAUUAUACGGAGACAGUGGAGAGACGACACACGGGCAGACCCACCGCUCUGUGAUGGAUAAUGCUCAUACUAAGACGGUAGAGGAGGUUUUGGGCUUCUUCUGUGUGAAUGAAUCCACAGGAUUGAGCUGUGAGCAGCUGAAGAAAAAUAGGGAGAGAUGGGGACCCAAUGAAUUACCAGCUGAAGAAGGGAAAUCCCUUUGGGAGCUAGUCCUGGAGCAGUUUGAGGAUCUGUUGGUGCGAAUCCUGCUGCUGGCUGCCUGCAUCUCCUUUACCCUGGCUUGGUUUGAAGAAGGGGAGGGAACGAUCACUGCAUUUGUUGAACCCUUUGUUAUCCUCCUCAUCCUCAUCGCCAACGCUAUUGUUGGAGUAUGGCAGGAGCGUAAUGCAGAAAACGCCAUCGAGGCUCUGAAGGAGUACGAGCCAGAGAUGGGCAAGGUGUACCGCCAGGACAAGAAGAGUGUCCAGAGAGUCAGAGCCCGAGACAUUGUUCCUGGAGACAUCGUGGAAGUUGCUGUCGGUGAUAAGGUACCAGCUGACAUCAGGCUGACCUCCAUCCGUUCCACCACUCUGAGAGUGGACCAGUCCAUCCUGACGGGGGAGUCUGUGUCAGUGCUCAAACAUACAGACCCUGUACCAGAUCCCAGAGCUGUGAACCAGGACAAGAAGAACAUGCUCUUCUCUGGCACCAACAUUGCAGCAGGGCGAGCCAUCGGGGUUGCCGUGGCGACAGGGGUACAGACAGAGAUCGGGAAAAUCAGAGAUGAGAUGGCCUCCACCGACCCUGAAAGGACUCCGCUGCAACAGAAACUCGACCAGUUCGGAGAGCAGCUGUCUAAGGUCAUCAGUGUGAUCUGCGUAGCGGUGUGGGCCAUCAAUGUGGGACACUUUAAUGACCCGGUGCAUGGAGGCAGCUGGCUGAGAGGAGCUGUUUACUAUUUCAAGAUCGCUGUCGCCCUGGCUGUGGCCGCCAUACCAGAAGGCCUCCCAGCAGUCAUCACCACCUGCCUGGCCCUGGGCACCAGGAGGAUGGCCAGGAAGAACGCCAUUGUCCGCAGCCUGCCGUCAGUGGAGACACUGGGUUGUACCUCUGUCAUCUGCUCUGACAAAACAGGAACACUGACCACCAACCAGAUGUCAGUCUGCAGGAUUUUUGUUGUGGACAGUGUGUCAGGGGAGCGCUGUAGCCUGAGCGAGUUCACAGUUACUGGAUCUACUUACGCCCCUGAAGGGGAAGUCUACAAGGACGGCUCAGUGGUGAAGUGCAGUCAGUACGAAGGCCUGGUGGAAAUGGCCUCCAUCUGUGCGCUGUGCAAUGACUCAUCGCUGGACUACAACGAGGCAAAGGGAGUGUAUGAGAAGGUCGGGGAGGCGACAGAGACUGCCCUCUGCUGUCUGGUGGAGAAAAUGAACGUGUUCGACACUGACCUGAGAGGACUAACCCCCGUUGAGAGAGCGACAGCAUGCUGCUCUGUGAUUAAGCAGCUAAUGAGGAAAGAGCUGACGCUGGAGUUCUCCAGAGACAGGAAGUCCAUGUCUGUCUUCUGUUCAUCCAACAAACUCACCAGGUCUUCCUCUGGAGCCAAGAUGUUUGUCAAGGGUGCUCCGGAGAGCGUGCUAGAGCGCUGCGCUUACAUCCGGGUCAGCGGCGCUGCUCGCGUGCCUUUAAGCCCGGCGCUUCGAGAGCAGCUCCUGUCCACUGUGCGGGAUUGGGGGUCAGGCCGAGACACAUUGCGUUGCCUUGCCAUGGCAACCAGGGACACACCCCCUGACAUUCAUUGUCUCAACCUGGAGAACUCAGCUGGGUUUGCUGACUAUGAGUCGGACCUGACCUUUGUGGGCUGUGUGGGCAUGUUGGACCCGCCCAGGAAAGAGGUGCUUGGCGCAGUCCGAAUGUGUCGGCAGGCUGGUAUACGAGUCAUCAUGAUCACAGGUGACAACAAAGGGACAGCUCUGUCCAUCUGUCGGAGGGUGGGGAUCAUCACAGAGCAGGAGGAGGAGCAGGAGGGCGCGGGGGUCAUCGGAGGCCUGACGGGAAGGGAGUUUGACGAGCUGCCCCCCCACCUGCAGCGUCAGGCUUGUCGGACAGCGCGGUGCUUUGCCCGGGUGGAGCCGGCACACAAGAGUCGAAUCGUGGAGUAUCUGCAGAGCCUGAGCGACAUCACUGCCAUGACAGGCGACGGGGUGAAUGAUGCCCCGGCGCUGAAGAAGGCAGAGAUCGGCAUUGCUAUGGGCAGCGGCACAGCGGUGGCCAAGUCGGCCUCUGAGAUGAUCCUGGCCGACGACAAUUUCUCCACCAUUGUGGCGGCUGUGGAGGAAGGCCGAGCCAUUUACAACAACAUGAAACAGUUCAUCAGAUACCUGAUAUCAUCCAACAUAGGAGAGGUGGUCUGUAUUUUCCUGACGGCCGCGCUUGGCAUGCCUGAAGCGCUGAUCCCAGUCCAGCUGCUGUGGGUCAACCUGGUGACUGACGGUUUCCCAGCAACAGCUCUGGGCUUCAACCCUCCUGACCUGGACAUCAUGUCCCGCCCUCCACGCUCCCCCAAAGAGCCUCUCAUCUCCAGCUGGUUGUUCUGUCGCUACCUCAUCAUUGGAUGUUAUGUGGGAGCAGCCACCGUCGGAGCAGCUGCCUGGUGGUUUAUGGCAGCUCAUGAUGGACCUAAACUUUCCUUCUAUCAACUGUCUCACUACCUGCAGUGCAGCGAAGGCCAUGUGGAGUUUGCUGGUGUGCAGUGUUCAGUCUUUGAGUCUCCUUAUCCUAUGACUAUGGCUCUGUCUGUCCUGGUUACCAUAGAGAUGUGCAACGCCCUGAACAGUCUUUCAGAGAACCAGUCCCUGCUCAAAAUGCCUCCCUGGUCCAACCCCUGGCUGGUGGGAGCAAUCUGUCUAUCCAUGGCCUUACACUUCCUCAUCCUAUAUGUGGACCCCCUGCCGGUGAUAUUCCAGAUUCGCCCUCUGUCGUGGCCUCAGUGGGUGGUGGUGCUGAAGAUGUCACUUCCUGUCAUCUUGAUGGACGAGGCCCUUAAGUUCCUGGCCCGCAACUACAUCGAGCCGGGGAGUCAGAUCCAGACGUUGGAGGAGGAGGAGGAGGAGCUACAGAGGACAGGGGCUAGCGCCGGAUUAGUCAGCGCCAUGAUGACAAGGGUACACCAGUCAGCAAAGGGCGUGUCCUGGUCAUUCGUCCUGAUCUCUGCGCCACUAGUGAUCUGGAUCUUCAGCCUGGACUCUGACAUCACUAACAUCUUCUGGGAGUGAUGGGGGGGACACGGUGAAAGACAGGAGACUGGAAGAGGACAGAGAGAAGCUAAAGAAGGAGAUCAGGGGAUGAAAAUGCAGGAGAAGGAAUGUGGAAGGGUGAGAAACAAGAUGAUAAAUACUUGAGAUACAGGGAUGUAAGGGAUGAAGAUUAAGAGUGAUUUUUUUUUUAGCCAGCAGACAAUCAGAAAAACAAGAAGAUGAAAGUGUAAGGCAGGUUUAGGCUCUCAAUGAAAAGGUGUUUCGUGUAGCUAAUAGUCUCUCUCACAACUUCAUAGUUCAGACUGUUAUUCCAGCUGCUCCUCGUGUUCCCGCCUCAGGCAUGCAGACGUUUGCUGCACCAACACACAGGUCCACAGUGAAACGUCUCUGUUGUACUUUUAUGUUAGCAUAGCAUGCUAACCUACUCAUUUUUAGUCUUAAGAUACUAAAGAUUGUGUGGUAGACAUUAGCAAGUUAACAUGCGAGUGUUAACUUACUGUCUGUCUGUCUUUCUGCCUUAAAAUAACUCAGCAUUUAGGCUUCCCACCAAAAUGGAUCCAAGGGACACACAGUGUAAAAUAUACUGUAGGUCAUCAGUGAUUAACAAUGGCCGCAUUCAAGGCAGAUUUUGUUUUGUUUGAUUCGUUUUUGGAUACAAGCUGAUCACAAAUCCUAGCUUCAAAACAAGGAAUUGACUAAAUCAGGUCGCACCAUUCAAACUGAGAAAAGACUUCAGUGUAAAUUAGUUGUUAGGGAACAUCAGUAGUUAUCCAGUCACAGGAAGUUGACAGGAACUCGUCGUAGCAUCAGGAGCUUUUAGGAGGUCGAACAAACGAACAGUUUGUCUGACAAUGUUUUAGAAGUGUAGGUAUGGCUUUGCUUAGUUGCUGAGUUAUUGGUGCAACGUUAGAUAGAUAGAGAUACAUUGUACUAUUUUAAUGAAAUGUAAUCCUUUUGCAUCUUAAUGAGUGUUUUACAUCUUUAGCUCUUCAGUCUGAACAGGUCCUCUAUUAGCAAGCUAAGGUUUUCUCAGCUAGCUCGGUAGACGUUGCCCCUGAAACUGUACAUGACAACAUGGCUAACAUUAACUUUAGGAAGAGCUGAUACAACAGGCUCCUGAAGAGGGAAGUGGAACCAGUUCUUCAAAAUAAAAGCCUGCUUAUCUUGAGGUAAAAUGCUACACACCUUUUCAGACGAUUGAAAAAUGAGUGGAGUAUAUAGAAGAGAGAAACUCUGAGUGGUCCACAGUCUCACACAUACACACACACACACACACACACACACACACCAGAUUUAUGCACACAUUGUUAUUCACCAGUAAUAAUAAUAAGAGGUCAGUGGAUGAGGCCAGAUAAGUAGACGUACAGUAGAGCCCCCAGCCGGCUGCUCCAACACUCCUCAUGCUGCAAAGCAGAAAUAGUAACAUUAAUGUUAAAACUUCCUCGUCCGUGAGACUAAAACAAGCAUUUAACCUGUGAAGAAGACUGUUCGCAGACGUUGAGCACACACAUCACACAUUCUGUAGAAACAGGGGGUGACGUCUAACCUCUGACAGGUCACUCGUUUAGAACUUUACUCUGACAGAUCUCCAGCUGUUGUUCAGUCUCCUUCACUGUCUCUCUCUCAAAGUCCUAAAUGUAAUUUGAUGUCCUGAGGCUUCACACCCCCACACCCCCUGACUGAAGCUGAUUUUAAGCCUUCACACCCGGAUCAAUGAGUCGAGUCUGUUUGAUUAGUUCAGAAACGUUGAUCAUAUUAUUUAUAUCCGUGGUUAGACGCAGUAGAGGUGGUCAUGUACUUCCAGGUGCAGUCUACAUCUGAAGGAUGUGACUUGACUGACACAUGUAUGUAAGCUGAAUAGAUGAAUAUGGUUUUUUAUGUUAGAGCUUCAAAUAUACUCUAUGUGUUUAUUAUUAACCCCUGCUCUGCUUUCUCUAAGAUCCUCUGUGUUAGUCGACAGGUGGAAAACUCUAACACACAGUGAUCAAUAACACACGUUGUGCAGUACAGUAGGCCUGACAGUGAGCGAAUGUUUCUUGUAAAUUUGUUAUGUGUGUGUGCGUGUGUGAAUCUUUGAUCAGUCUGCCAUUUUCUCCAGGGAUGCCAUUGUGACAUCUCACUCUGUCUGCCAUCCAAGGGAUUUUUUUGAUUCCUGUAAUUAGAAUAACGUCGGUUGUGAUGGCGCGGUGGGACAAAACAUCUGAGCUUUAGAGUUUAGAGUCGAAAUAUUUUGAGACAAAGUCAGAAUUUAUUCAGAAUAAAGUCUCAGUGCAUCCACUAACAGUACAGCUGCAGAAUUACAACCUCACUCUGACUCUAUUUUAAUAUUACGCCUUUUUUUUUCAAAAUUACAUCAUAAAUCUCGGGAUACAUUUGUUCAUAAACUGACUUUAUCUUGUAAUUUUGUCCUUUUUUUGUGAAUUAUGACUUCUUUCCUGAUUUUGUGACGCUUUAUGACCUUUUUGAAUAAAAUUUACACUUUUUUUCAACGGUAUAAUUUUUUCUCUCUAUAUUGCAGUAUUCUGUAAAAUAUAACAAUUCUCGAAAUGUCCAUUUCUUGUUUUUUUUUCUUUAUGAGAGCAUUUAAUAAAAAAGUGAUGGCUAUAAAAUAGAAAAGCAUUAAACUUCCUGAUGUUGAAAACUGUUAUGGAGACCAACUCACCUGUUGUGGGAUUUUUAUUUUGUAUUUAUUCACUUUUCUUGUCAUUUGUUUGUUUGGAUUUAACGUUGCUGUAGUUACUUCUCCUUUAAUGAACCAAAAACCACAGAAGAAGUUUUCGCCGCCCAAGAUUCUGCCUGUCUUUUUCUCUCUUUUCUUUUUUUUCUUGUUAUUUAUUAAUAUUUUAUUUUUCUGCAUCCAUGUACAGCCCAGUUCUGACACAUUCUGACUGUACCAAGUUUGUUUACACCUUUUUCCUUUACUAUUAUAAUUAUAAUUAUAAUAUAUUAUUAUUAUUAUUAUUAUUAUUAUUA